UUUUAUUUUGAAAGUUGUAAUUGGAUGUUGUUGUCAGCUGACCGUACAACCUCUUUUUGCAUCGUCUCACCCGCAAGGAUUUUAUAAUUUAAAGCAAAGAUCAUUGAAAUGUCCGCAAAACCGACCUGUUUGAUAGUGGCGAGUGCUUCUCCUCAAGGGGUGUCAGCAAAAUCUUUCCAUCAGUCCUUCAGUCUUUGUAGUCCGGUCUUUAACCUUCAGACAGCCACACCUGGGGGGAAGCCAAUAGACUUUGUUGGAGUCGAUGAAAGCACAGCUAGAUGGGUGCAGGACUUCAGAGUGAAACCCUAUGCAACACCAGCCAAACUUGAAUCCAUAGAUGGUGCUCGAUACCAGGCGCUGCUCAUCCCACACUGCCCCGGAGCGCUGAAUGACCUGGCACACAGCGGCUCUCUGCACCGCAUUCUUACACACUUCAUCUCUCAACAAAAGCCUGUGUGUGCAGUGGGACAGGGAGUGUCAGCACUGUGUUGUGCCACUGAAGGACAGAGGUGGAUUUUCAGUGGCUACAGCUUAACAGGGCCUUCAGUGUUUGAAUUGGUGCGGGAACCCGAUUUUGCCAACCAUCCCUUGAUUGUAGAAGACUUUGUAAAAGACAGUGGUGGAUCGUACACAGCGAGUCAAGAAGAUGCCGUGCAUGUAGUCAUAGACAGACACCUCAUAACUGGACAGAAUAUGCAGUCAACCUUGCUCGCUGUGAAUAAUCUAAUCCUGCUCUGUAAUACCAAAUAAAAAUGAAAAAGAAAAUACACCAGGGACACUCAGCAGCUUUGUUGUCCUGCUUUUAUAUUCAUGUAAUUAAACAUUUAUCUUGAACAAAUAUUUUUUUAAAAAUGCUGGGUCAGAAUAGAUGUUUGGCAAAACUGCAAAAUACCACUUCAUCACUGAUGAUGUUAUUAUAAAUGUAAUAAAUGCCACACAAUCUCAUGUAUUGAUUUGAAUAUUUAAAAAAAAACAAACUUCAGGAGCAGAUGUAUUCUUGAUGAUGGAUAAAUCUUUGUAAACAGCUGGAUUCAAGAGCAGAGAUGAUUUUAGGGGUUGAAGUGAUGCUGCAGAUGUCUGAAGGCCUCCAUAUGUGAAUAAACUCCUUCAAUAAACUGGAUACAUACUGAUUAUCAUGCACCUUCUUUUGUUGAAUGAGAUGUUACAGCACUGAUCUGUACAAGUUUUUUUUAUUCAUAUCAUCAAAGAAAAGAAAUAAAACAUACUGAAGUA